AUGGCUCCCGCACGCAAGAAGUGGUCCAAGGGCAAGGUCAAGGACAAGGCCCAGCACGCCGUCGUCCUCGAGAAGCAGACUAUCGAGAGACUCAACAAGGAUGUCCAGUCCUACCGUCUCAUCACCGUCGCUACCCUCGUCGAUCGUCUGAAGAUCAACGGCAGCUUGGCCCGUAAGGCUCUUGCUGACCUUGAGGAGAAGGGUCAGAUCAAGAAGGUUGUCGGCCACUCCAAGAUGAACAUCUACACCCGUGCCGUCACCGCCGAGUAA